GCCGCGCUGCUGCUGCUGCUAUGGACGCGGGCGGCCAGCGGCCAGAGCAGCCCCCAGCAGAGCGUGAUCCUGGGCAUGAGGCUGGCGAGCUGCAACAAGUCGUGCGGGAUGAACCCGGAUGGCGUCAUCUUCGUGUCCGAGGGCAGCACGGUGAACUUGAGGCUCUACGGCCACAGCCUGGGCGAGAUCUCCAGCAACCUGAUCUCCUUCACCGAGGUGGACGACGCCGAGACGGUCCACAACUCCACCAACUGCCUGGAGCUCACCAAGGACUUAGUGGUCCAGCGGCUGGUCAACGUGAGCCGCGGGAACACGUCGGGGAUGCUAGUGGUGCUCACCAAGUUCCUGCGGAGGAGCGAGAACAUGAAGCUGUACGCGCUGUGCACCCGGGCCCGGGCGGACGGGCCCUGGCUCAAAUGGACGGACAAGGACUCCCUGCUCUUCAUGGUGGAGGAGCAUGGGAGGUUUCUGCCGCUCUGGCUGCACAUCCUUCUCAUUUUGGUGCUGUUAGUGCUGUCGGGCAUAUUUUCUGGCCUCAACCUGGGGCUUAUGGCCCUGGACCCGAUGGAGCUGCGCAUUGUGCAGAACUGUGGAACUGAAAAGGAGAGAAGGUACGCCCGCAAGAUAGAGCCCAUCCGGCGCAAGGGCAACUACUUGCUCUGUUCGCUGCUCCUGGGGAAUGUGCUAGUCAACACCUCCCUCACCAUCCUUCUAGACAACCUCAUCGGGUCUGGCAUCAUGGCAGUGGCCUCCUCCACCAUUGGCAUUGUUAUCUUUGGGGAGAUCUUACCUCAAGCCCUGUGCUCCCGACACGGGCUGGCUGUGGGUGCCAACACUAUUGUUCUCACCAAAUUCUUCAUGCUGCUCACCUUUCCUCUGAGUUUCCCCAUUAGCAAACUCCUGGACUUCGUCUUGGGUCAGGAGAUUCGCACUGUUUACAAUCGGGAGAAGCUGAUGGAGAUGUUGAAGGUGACAGAACCCUAUAAUGACCUGGUGAAGGAGGAAUUAAAUAUGAUCCAGGGCGCCCUGGAACUAAGGACCAAAACUGUGGAGGAUAUCAUGACCCAGCUCCACGACUGCUUCAUGAUCCGUAGUGAUGCCAUCCUGGACUUCAACACCAUGUCGGAGAUAAUGGACAGUGGCUAUACGCGCAUUCCUGUGUUUGAAGAUGAGCAGUCCAAUAUCGUAGAUAUCCUUUAUAUCAAAGACUUGGCUUUCGUGGACCCUGACGACUGCACCCCGCUCAAGACCAUCACUCGUUUCUACAACCACCCAGUUCAUUUUGUUUUCCAUGACACCAAGCUGGAUGCCAUGCUGGAGGAAUUCAAGAAGGGGAAGUCGCACCUGGCCAUCGUUCAGAAGGUGAACAACGAAGGUGACUGUGACCCCUUCUACGAGGUGCUGGGCUUGGUCACGCUGGAGGACGUCAUCGAGGAGAUCAUCAAGUCGGAGAUCCUGGAUGAGUCGGACAUGUACACUGACAAUCGAACCCGGAAACGGGUAUCUAUAAAGAACAAACGUGACUUCUCUGCCUUCAAGGAUGCUGACAAUGAACUCAAAGUGAAAAUCUCACCUCAGCUUCUUCUGGCUGCUCAUCGCUUCCUGGCUACAGAGGUGCCCCAGUUUAGCCCGUCUCUGAUAUCAGAGAAGAUCCUGCUCCGGCUGCUCAAAUACCCAGAUGUCAUUCAGGAGCUCAGGUUUGAUGAACACAAUAAAUACUACAGUCGCCAUUACCUGUACACCCGGAACAAGGCGGCUGACUACUUCAUCCUCAUCCUGCAGGGGAAGGUGGAGGUAGAAGCGGGAAAGGAGAACAUGAAGUUUGAGACGGGUGCCUUCUCGUACUAUGGGACCAUGGCCCUAUCCUCGCCAGCCUCGGACCGGUCCCCAGCCCACCCAACUCCACUCAGCCGCUCGGCCUCCCUCAGUUACCCAGACCGCAACACAGACAUGACACCCUCCUCAUCCCUGGCAGGCAGCAACCAGUUUGGCAGCUGCAUUCUGGGCCAGUAUGUGUCUGACUUCAGUGUCCGCGCGCUCACGGACCUGCAGUAUGUCAAGAUCACGAGGCAGCAGUACCAGAAUGGGUUGUUGGCCUCCCGCAUGGAUAACAGCCCUCAGCUCACCUUAGAUAGCUGUGCCACCUGCUCAGAGAACUUUACCGAGAAGUCUGAGCUGCCUGUGGUGGAUGAGACCACGACUCUUCUCAAUGAACGCAACUCUUUGCUGCACAGAGCCUCCCAGGAGGGUACCAUCUGACGGGAGGGCCCGGGGACUCCUGCCUGCCCUGCAGGGGUCUCCCGAGUGGGCCCACAUGACGUCGGGGAGCCUGUUAGGCUAGAAGGGGUGCAGGAACCACGCUUCUGCAGCAGUGGGGGCCUGGGGCCCACAGGAGGGGACUCCCGGGAGGAGGACAGUUCUACCUGGGAAGCAGGGAUCCAAACGGUACUGGCAUCCACCUGCUAGGACACAUGCACUGAGGUCACUGAGGCUGAGAGGCGCCGGGGAGCUGUUCAGGGACAUGAUGACCCACCCCGGCAACAGAGAGGACUACUUCUGCUCCAGGAUCCAGUGAUCUCCUAGAACUCCGUCCACAGGCUCUGUUGCUGAGUCAGGACUCAGCUGAGAAGCACCCCUGGCUCUCGUCUUCCCCUUUGGACAAUUUCCUCCUGUUAGGGUCUGGCUCCAAGAGUUAGGCGUGGUCUUUGGCUCUACAGUUGCUUAUCUGCUUCUUGGCCAUGCGCUCCGUUUUACCAAAGGUUCCCCUCAGAGGGGACAGCACCUACGUUAGAGGUGACUGGUUGGAUACUCCUUUUGGUUCCAGGGCUGAAUCUGACCAUAGGUGUUAGCAGUUACUAUACCACCCACAGCUGCAAGAAGAGUCAGGGUUCAGAAGUUCACCCAGGAAGACUGCUUCCCCAGCCUCCCCCAUUCUUAUCUCUAUACUCAUCCCUCUCGGGACUGGGGACAGGACAUGUUGGAAGCCACCCAAGCUGGGUCAUCACACCCUUGCCUGUGUAGCUGGCUGAGGAUCACCUGACCUCUUUUGCCCACUUAAGGACCCCCUGGAAAGGAGGGUUUCACCUAAUGUAUCCACUCCUUUCCUCAGCCAGUGGAAUCCUGUCACCCCAAGUACUCUGCUGUCUAUGUACCCAGAGAAUCCCACCUCCUGCGGGUGUCGUGUACCCCUGGCCAGGCCGAUGUCUCCUCCACUCACAGAAUUUACUCCUAGAAGCCCAGAGAAGAAGGUGGUUUUCAACUCUAAGGGAAAAAGACACCAGACCUCCAAGCCUUUAAGAAACCCUUAGUUUUCUGUAGAUGCAGCAUGCUCCCGAGUCCCUAGGGCAGCUGACAGCUGUGUUCCUGAGAGACCUAAGUGCCAGGUAGAGCAAAACCACGUGGUGGGUGUGAAGCAAAAGUGCACACACUUCCCACAGCUACCUCUCUGCACACACACACACAGUCACCACCGACAGACAGGCCCCUCCCCUCCCAGCCCGCCCUCCCCCUCCCUCAUUUAGAAUCACUUCUUGCAGAGGGUCAUAAUUAUUUCCAAAUAUUACUGGUCUGAUGACUUCCUCCUCCCAGUGCAAUUUUUCACUUCCUCUCCAACCUCUGGUUCCUGGGCUGAGCCAUACCCUGGAACUGGCCUGGUCCGUAUGUCUUCCCAGGUAAGGAAGACUUCGCAGGUGGCAUCCAAGUGGGUAGGCAAGUCACAGUCACCGUAGCAAAUGACUCCUAUUUAUUUUGCAUUAAGAUUUUAAUUUGUAUAUUUUUGUGAUUUAUUUUGGCAUUGUUAUGAGUUUGACUCUCGGGGAGUUUUGUUGUUAUGACUCUUGUGUCUUUUGUCACAAAACAAUGAUAAUAUUUGCUAAACAAUAUAUGGAAUUUAUUUUUGAUUGGUAAUAAAAAAUGAAAUGCA